GAAAAAAAACAAGACAAGAAGAAGUCAAACUAGAAACUGAAGUGAGAAGAAGAAGACACAAAGAGGACACUUUUCAUUCAACAAGACUGAAUAAAAUAUUUAAGAAGUCUGUUCUCAAGAAAAAAACCUGCACUUUUCUUCCUUUUUUUUCCCACCUUCAUCACCAAGAAGACCAAAGAAAACAAUCAAGCUGCUGAAGACGUCUUUGUUCCACUCUGCCAUCCAGACUGGAGCAUGUCCUGCCKUCCCUGUCAUCCCUGCCGCUGAUGCAGGUGGUCAGCAUAUCUCUGUACCCCCUGACCAACUUCCUGUCUUCACCUGCCAGCGCCCACUGCCCCGAUCUGGACUUCACCUUGCUGCUGGAGGGGGAGGGAGGCGUCACCUUGCAGAGGUACCAGCCUCGCUCCCCAGAGAGCAGCACACACCACUGGAGCUCGGUGCAGGACUGGGGGGAGGAAGUCGAGGAAGGAGCCAUCUACAACGUGACCCUGAAGAGGGUUCAGAUUCAGCAGGCAGCCAAUAAGGGAGCCAGAUGGUUGGGGGCGGAGGGUGACCGCCUACCUCCUGGCCACACGGUGAGUCAGCUGGAAACCUGUAAAAUCCGAAGCAUUCGUGCUGGAACUCUGGAGCGCCUGGUGGAAACGUUGUUGACGGCGUUUGGAGACAACGAUCUCACCUACACCUCCAUCUUCCUCUCCACCUACAGAGCCUUCGCCAGCACUCAGACUGUUCUGCAGCUUCUGCUAGACAGGUAUGGAAGCGUGGGGGACAGCGAGCAGGACGGCUGUGAAAGCCGUGAAGCCAUCAGAAAUGCCUUGGCGUCAACCCUGCGUGCCUGGCUGGACCAGUGCCCCGAGGACUUCCAGGAGCCUCCGRACUACCCCUGCCUCCACAGGCUGAUGGACUACCUGCGCAAAGCCCUGCCUGKCUCCGAGGCUCUUAGACGGGCAGAGAGUCUGCUGGAGCAGCUGCAGGGUCAGGCCUGCAUGGAUGAGAGCGAUGUCUGUUUCAAUGGCAACAGUUCCUUCUGUCUCGGGGAGGAAGAAGAGGUGGAGAUUGAAGUGCAGGAUGACUUCCUGUCGUUUGACGCCGACCUGGUGGCCGAGCAGCUCACCUACAUGGAUGCACUGCUGUUUAAAAAGGUCGUCCCCCACCACUGCCUGGGCUCCAUUUGGUCUCAGCGGGACAAGAAGGACAGCAAGCACACCGCUCCCACCAUCCGCGCCACCAUCACCCAGUUCAACGCCGUGGCCGCCUGCGUGGUCAGCACGGUGCUGAAGCACAGGCAGCUCCGGCCUCACGUCAGGGCGCGGGUCAUCCAGCGCUGGAUCGACAUCGCUCAGGAGUGUCGAAUACGCAAGAACUUCUCGUCUCUACGAGCCAUCGUGUCGGCGCUGCAGUCCAAUCCCCUGUACAGACUGAAGAGAGUGUGGGCCUGCGUGCACAAAGACAGUACGCAGACGUUCGAGGAGCUCUCCGACAUUUUCUCGGACCACAACAACUACCUGACCAGCAGGGAGCUGCUCAUGAGGGAAGGUACUUCAAAGUUUGCCAGCCUGGAGAGCUGCGCCAAGGAGCACCAGAAGCGCACGCACAAGAGGCUGCAGCUGCAGAAGGAAAUGGGAGCGAUGCAGGGAACCAUACCUUACUUGGGGACUUUUCUAACCGAUCUGACCAUGUUGGACACAGCCCUGCCAGACUUAGUAGAGGGUGGUUUGAUCAACUUUGAGAAGAGACGAAGGGAGUUUGAGGUCAUAGCUCAGAUUAAGCUGCUCCAGUCGGCCUGCAACAGCUACUGCCUGACUCCCGACCCGGCUUUCCUGCGCUGGUUCAAGAGCCAGCCUCAGCUCAGUGAGGAGGAGAGCUACGCCUUGUCGUGUGAGGUUGAAGGUCUUGGCGACAGCAGCCCGACUUUACCCAAAACCCGAAAAAGCAUGGUGAAGAGACUCAGCCUGCUGUUUCUUGGACCAGACAGUAACUCGGCCAGUUCUCCCGUCAGAGAGACGCCACGUUCGCCCCCUACUGGCAGCUCGGGGGAGAGCAUGGACUCUGUCAGCGUGUCGUCCAGCGACUCCAGCAGUCCGUCGGACGGCGAGGGACACACGACACCAACACACACCCCCGACUCACACCUCUCCCAUCAAAACAAGUUGUCAGAGUCAUCCUCCUGCACCUCGCUCCACUCCAUCGACACCAACUCAUCCACAGCCAGCGUCUCCACCCCUCCUGCGUUCCCUUCCCUCUCUGCUCCCCUCUGCAGUCACAGACGCUGUGUCUCCCUCAUGCCCCUGUCCCCCUGCUCCCAGAAUCAAAGCCCCAUCUACAACACGCAAGCCCAGGACGCGUGCAUUAUAAGAGUCAGCCUGGAGAACGGCAACGGCAACCUGUACAAGAGCAUUCUGCUGACCAGUCAAGACAAGACUCCAGCUGUGAUUUCCAGAGCGAUGGCGAAGCACAACCUGGAGGUGGAGCCAGAGGAGGGAUACGAGCUGGUGCAAGUCAUCUCUGAGGAAAAAGAGCUGGUGAUUCCCGAUAAYGCCAACGUCUUUUACGCCAUGAACACCUCGGCUAACUUUGACUUCCUGCUGCGAGCGCGAGGCUCGGCGUGUCGGCCCGUACAGCUGCGGAGCCGGUGCAGUACCACUCUCCCUCGGACUCAGUACCGCUCCAGCCUCUCGAUCAGACUCAGUAAAGUCACGCUGUGACCCUUCAGUCUGCCAUCCYACCACUGACCCGGGGCCCUGCAGGCCACAGCAGUGAUGACUGAAGGUGGAACUGCUGCACCACAGAGAGUUCUCAGACUCUGGGCCUCACCCUGAACUGUGCCUGUGCCUGCCCAGCCUUAACAGGGACCAGUGCAACAGUGAUCCCUUGUGGCCUCUGCCUUUUUUUACAACAGAUUAUUAUUUUUUGCAUAUGUGGGAGCAGCCAAAUGCCUGGAGCCUCAUGUAUGAAACAGUGUGCAACUUUUUUACUGAAAGUUGGUUUACAGACAAACUCCAARAAGUGCAUUUUACCAAAAAUAUUCAGAUUCAUCCAACUGUGUACACACAUGUUUCUGCACGCCUUUCCUUCCUUCAUCCGGAUUUACAUGGAACUGAGCGCACAUCUGACCCCUCCCCCAAGUGCUCCUCUAUAAUUACAUGCAAAUCUGCCCAAAAUGUCCAAUCUAAAAUUAUGUUUAAAUGCAGGAAAAUGGGGAAAUUCAUGGAAUGUGAAUCAGAGAUGCUCCUAGAUGGGAGGUAGAAACAGACRUCACUCACUUUCUUCUGGUAUAAAGAAGUGAUGGUGAAGCUGGGGCAGCGUGUGAAGCGACAAGUUUGGAUUUAAAGAGACGGCCUCAAAACGAGUUGAUCUGAGACCCACCUCCGAAACGUGGUGAAAGGGGGGCUUGUGGAGUUACAAUAAGGAGGAAUUCAGACCAAAGCAUUGCCAGAUGCUUCAGUAACACAAUACGAGRUAGAAUAUGGUCUAAAAGAGACAUUAGUUUUUCAUUCUUAAAAAAAUUGUACAAAAACAAAAGAACAUAAAAAAUGUAAAAGAAAAAAAGCAUCAGCAUAGUGAUAAUUAGGUGGCAAUUAUGUACAACUAAUGUGAAGUGACAGGAUGUAGUAAAAAUGUCAGAACACGACAUUUAACACAUCAGUCAAAAAUGUGUCAUGAAGAGGAAAACAUAAGUCACCCCUGUUUAUAAGUUUUAGGAUCGGCCAAACCAUAUAAAAAAGUGACUUUUAGUCCAGAAAAUACGGUAUUACUGCAGAUGAAUAAAGUGAAGCAGGAGUGUAGAUGUCAGGCAUUUCUAA